UUUUGCACUGAAUUUCUUUUGUUCAUUUCCGGGAAGCAGGAAUCUCCAUCUCUCUGGAAAGGAAGGGAGCGGGGAGUGGGAGUGGGAGUGGGAGUGAGAGUGCUGGUCAUACAAGGCGUAUGCUUAAUAUCAAUUGCAAUCGAGUUAACAAUCGCUGAGUAAUCGAAUGCCGCCGCCCGUACGCGUACUCCCCAUCAGGUUCAUUCACUUGCGCCCCGGAAUCACACUUCCUGUCUUUGUGGUGGGGCCACAGUUUUACUUCCUAUUUGUGUGCAAAUUUCCAUUUUCCUUCACUUAUUAACUUUACAACUGGCACCAAAAAACUGGUUUCGUUUGCGAAACUGGUUGCUGCUUUCAUUUCUGUGUGUGUUCUGCGAGUAUGGGUGUGUAUCUGUGUGUGUGUGUGUGUAUGUGUUUCUGUUUUGAUUUGACUCCUUGGCGGCGGCAGGGCAGGCACCUUCAGGGCAAUUGAUUUGGCUCCGUCUCUGGCUGUGGCUGUAGCUUUGGCUUUGGCUGUGGCUCUGGCUCUGGCUCUGGCCGGGCCUGCAUUUGCAUUGGCAUUCCUGCCUCAGGCUCUUGGCAUUCUCUUUUUCUAAUCAGAACCGGAAACAUAAAAAUGCUGGCUACUCCAGCUCCAGCUCCAGCUUCAAGCUCCAAGACCCAGCUGCCGCCUGUCCAUGCCCCCGAACAGGUGCACAGAGCCAGACACAUAGAGGAGAAUCCUAUUAAUGCUCCUAUUAGCAGCUGCUUCUGCUUCUGAUGCUGAUUUUGUGACUUGAGCUCUUGAGUUUCAGCUGGUGCUGGUGCUCGUGCUCGUGCUCGUGCUCGUGCGGCAGCUUUUAACCGAAACCCUGGACGAGAAUCACUGCCCCAAAGCAGAGUUCAAGUCGAGUAUAGUCGGUAUAGGCGUUCAAUCCGUACCGACCGACUAUGAAUACAUUUGUAUCUAUUAUGUGUGCGAGUCGAGUCGUACAUAUGGGUCGGUCGGGGCCUCGCAUAAAAUAGUUGACAAAUUCGCAACUAUAUAAACAAUACACAAAGAUACAUAGAUACAUAGAUACACAGACACACGCGCAUAGAUAGAUAGAUAGAUAGAUAGAUGGAUAGAUACUCUCGCACCCAUACUCGUGCACUUGUUUGCCGAGUUCAUUAACAUUAAAUGUUGUCCUUGUGCGUUUUCAGCUUUUUGCUCUAGGCGAAUCCAACGAUGAUGAGGUCGAAGCAUCGACUAGAAUGAUGCCCUAUAAAGGUCCAGGCUAAGGUCGUUUGGGGUCUGGGGAGUAUUCCUCAAAAACAACGCGGAUAUCUCAUUGAAAUAGUUGAUUAAAUGAACCCUUGGGCAACAUAUCGUUGAUGCCAUUCCGCAUACUCCCGUUCGGGAUGCCCGUUCGGGUACACAAAAAAGGCCAGGCCCGAAAGAAAAUUUCACAAACACCAAUAAAUAAAUUAUGUGCAUUAAGAAAAACAAAACGACACCGACGAAGAGCAAAAAGCAAAGUGGGUUAAGUAGGAACAGGGAUAGCACCCUGACAUGACAGGGAUAACAGCUAAUGGCAGGGAGCACCCACACCUCGGCCUAUCAGGUGGAUACACACACACGCACACUUAAGCGUGAAUGAGUGAGUAUAUAGUAUAUACAGCCAAAUAAUCCAAACUAUAGCGAUGACUAUGAUGAUCAUGAUGAUAAACUUUAUCGUCAUCAUCAUCAGAAGUCAGUCGAGAAGCCAAGCCAAACCAAGCGAAGCGAAGCGAACGAACGGUAUUUGUAGUAAAAAAGCGGCCAAUAAACCGAACGCGUGCGGUUCAAGGUUUGGCCAAAGCCAAAAACGAAACUAAAACGAAACAACAAACACAACUAGAAGAGAGCCAUGUAGCAUGCUAGCGAAUGACGAGCAUACAGACGACGGACAACGGACGACGAUUGGGGCAGCCAAAUGAAUAACAAUUAAAUCUGAAAAGCAUGAAAUCAUCUGCCGAGACCCGGGGUAUCCAAAACUAGCACAAGCCGAAGCUCCAUCACCAUCACCAUCACAAGCUGAAGCUGAAGCUGAAGCUCAAGCUCUGGCAAGCACUAAAAUAUGUAUAUGUAUCCAUGAGAUACAUCGCGGAUGAGGCCGAAGCUCAUUGACCAAAAUGUGGCAUGGAGCCGCUCUGCUACGCUGCCACACUGCCGCGCUGCCACGCUGCCAUGCUGCCACGCUGCCAUGCUGCUGGCUUCUGUUACCGUUAAGCCAAGUCAAGCGCCCAUUAACAGUUAAGACGUCGGGCCGCAGCAGUGGGGCCAAUUACCCGAGAGCUCAGGGUAAUUGACUCUGCCACAGAACUCUCUGGGUCGCAGAUGGACAGAGGGGAGCGUGAGAUGCUGCAGGAAGAUAAAAGCCAAGUAGAACCCAAGUGCCGCCAGAAAUCGCCUAAAAUCAGUUUACCCGGGUCUCUGACUUUGAUGUCAGCUCUAAUUCCCAAUUUCCAUUACGAUUCUGGCUCUGGUCUCUCCUCAUAGUCUCUCCUCAUCCCAUCUACUCGUAUUUGUUGCUAUGCAAUCCAUUCCCUCAGAUUUUGGUAUGAAACUCCUACAUUUACCGCUUGCAGAAUAUUCUUUUAUAUCGCCAAGAUCAUAAACCUAUAUAAUAAAGCAAUAGUUACGGAUGAAUACCUUUGCUAGAUUAACCUUUGUUUCUAAAAAUUCAUCGGCCGUUUCGGGUUCCCUUAUUAUAGGAUUCCUCCCAUGGAAGCUUUGCGUUUCGCAUGUGAGCAUUCCCAUUAGCCUUUCCCAUUCCUGGACCCAGCAACAGUUCAAGUUCUUGUCGUUGUUGUUGUUGUUGUGGUUGGUGUUGCUGUUUUUGUCUAGUUUAUUACAAAAUUGACCCACAUAUUUGCUUCGUAUUUUGCGCCACGAAUGAGUGGCCAUUGUAUGGCCACAGAUACAUUUGUAUCUCACUCUAAACAUGAGUGUGUGUGUGUGAUUCUUGUUAUUUAUUCAUUAUUAUUUUAUUUUGUGUCGUUUCUCUUGGGUCUUUUGUGUGUGUGUGUGUGUGUGUGUGCUGUCAUUAGCAAAUAAGUUGGAGAGCUGAUGGGCGGGGUCGCUAUUGUCCGAUGACAUUAAUGAACUUAUAUGGAUGAACGAUUCGGAUUUGAUGUGUCAACAAUUUGGCAAAUAUCUUAUAUACACCACUUACGUACAUACACACAUGCACACAAACAUAAAUAGAUGAUCCCCAGAGAGUUUUAGGGUAUUUCAGCUAUGGAACCGAAGGCGAAACAGAAUCGAGAAUGGAGAACUUUCAAAACCAUUUGUUGUACAUACAAGCGGGGAAUGCGUGUGUGUAUGUGGUGUGUGUGUGUGUUUUGUUAGCCCUCAUCGUAAUUGACAGUUUUGUGCCAAGAAUAUACCGCAAACUGUUUUAGUUUUGAUUUGGAAUGGCAGCCGCCACAGAAUGAUACGCCUGGCUGCAUUGGCAGGCCAAGAUACGAUACACAGAUGCACAGAUAUAAAUAUACAAGUACUUGGACAGAAACUGAUACACACUCGGAGAUCCGAGUACAAAGUGGAAGUGCAGCACAGCACCAAAGAAGUGACCUCUAAAUGGAGAGAACACCAAGUGCCAGGCCAGACAUUGAGGGAACUUGCAACUUGGCCACGACACGCCACGCCACGCCACGCCACGCUACGCAAUGCAACGCCGCGGUACACCACCCCAUCACACACCACCCUCACCUCACAGUCGCAGCCACAAAGUGAGGGAAGGUGCAGGCGAGCAGAACCACCGCAGAAUGGUGAUGAUGUUGAUGAUGAUGAAGAAACCAUUCAGCACGCAAAAUAUCUGCUUAAUAAGUGCACAAAAUGUUGAAUGACUGACGGCUGGAUGUGGCCUGCCACAAAUGGAGACGGCUCGGGCUCCGGCUCCGGCUCCGGCUGGGGCUUCGGGUCUUCCAUUCAAAGCGCUAAACAGAACAGAACCAAACGCUGAAUGGACAGGGGCGUCGACAGUAACUGUUUCGGUGGGAGUGGGUGUGGCAAGGUGUGCUGCGGGGUGCUGCGGGGUGCUGAGGGGUGCUGAGGGGUGGAGGAGCAUGAGCCAGAGAAGCGUAGCGUAUCUUGCCAGUUACUUGGGGAGUCGCCUCUUUAAUGACGUCUGUUUUUAUUACAAAAUGUAUUAAAAUGUUGCACAGGUGGUUUCUGUUGGUGAGGCAGCGUGUGAGAGGCAGAGUGCGGAUUCUCUCUGAGGUGGAGUUACCAAGACGGGGCUCUGUGUGUUGAUGAGCCUAUUAAAUGCUGUUGAUGGCUUUCAGCUGAGACAGAGGCAGCGGCACAGGUAGGGGCAGGGGCAGGGGCAGGGGCAGAGGUUGUGGCAGAAACAGAGGCUGGGGCUGAGGCUGAGACAGCAGUCCGUUGUGUCCGCUUCCACUGACUGCUGAUGAGACAUGCGAUAGAGAAAGAGAUGAAGAUAGAGGUUUUUGUGGCCGUUGUCUGGCUAAUGACUGACGCUCGACUGUCGACUGUCGACUGUCGACUGCCACUCGGCUGUGCCCCAAAAGCAGACAGACAUGUUUAAAGUGGGUUAAAAGCGUUAAGCGCAGGCGGAUCGGGGUCGCUGGGAAAUGUCUUCUUCGUGCGGCAGUGUCCAAAAAGUUGUUGGUUGAUUUUUUAGAAAAGAUUUUGAAUGGAAGCGGAUGCAAAUAUGUAUCUAUUUUAUGUAUAUGGACUUAAGUGGAAGAAGAUUCAAACUUUGAUUUAAAUGUUCAUGAAAUUCCCCGAAUGUAUGGAACUAGAACAGCUUUCUGCAAUAUCGCAUCUCCUCUUUCUCCAUUAUAAUGCAAAUCUCUUCUUUGUGGCACUCCUGUGACCAUUUAAAGCACUCUGCAGCAUGAGGCACAACCCACAUAGCUGGCUCCUUCACGCGGAAACCUCUUGGUGGUAAAGGAGGUUCUAAGACAGACCCCACCCUGCACUUUAGCUAAUGUGUGUGCACCAUUUCAUAUUUAUGCGUAACCUGGCUCUGUCUCUGUCUCAUUAGCAGAUGCCUCAAGUGGCUGGAGGGGCACCAUCAGUAGGAGACAAGGGACUGACUCCAUCUUUAACAAUUUUCACUUGCACUUCACUUCCCCCAUCAGCUUCCACCCCUCCCCCCUUUCUGGAGUUAAUUUUAUUUGCAAAAUAAAGCGAAACAAACUUUAAAUGGAGUCAAAUGCCAAUGCACACACACGGAAAGUACACACACACACACACACAAAGAGAGCACGAGCACACACCAAGUGCUGGCCAGAGCCCCAGACGUCUGCCGAACAAAGAUUGCACAUACACAUACCCAUACAUAUACACACACAAAAGCAACAAAAAAGUUCAAACGCCAGACAAGGAUGCACCAAAGUGCAAAGGCAGCAGCAGCCAGUCGUCGGGGAGUGGUAAAGGGGGGACCCGGAGAACGAACGGGCGAACGUCCAACGACCGAAGCAUCGUCCAGAGGGCUGUGGGCUGUAGGGGGGAGACAGAGAGAGGGGCAGACUGGGAAGGCACUCGAGGCAGGCGACGUACAGUGGGGAUUUUUGGGGAAAAGUUAUAACAUCUAUAGAUAUUGAACUACCAGGCUGUUCUGUGAUAACUUUUCGCAGAUAAACAUCGAAGUUCAUUAAGACCUUUAUAGAUCAGCUUCAGAAGAUCUAAAAUUGUAUCCCUCAUACGCAUUUGGUAGCACUUUUCUGAUUUAUUGACUGUUUUUCGGGUAGAGGACCCACUGUGCGACGACGGGGCGACGCAUCAGCGAGGGAACAGUGCUUGAAAAACGGAAAGCAAAAAGGAUUGAACAACCUGGGUGCUAUGGCAGGAAAAGAAGAGGUAGAGGAGAAGGAGAGUAGAGAGUGGAGCAGAGCCAAGCAUAGGGGAGCAGAGGGAGAGAGGAGAUGCAGAGGGAGCCCAGUGGAGAAAGGGAAAACAUAGAGGAGCAGAGAGGAACAGUGCGGUGGGAGGCAAUGCCCAAACAGCAGGAGGCGACGCACGUAAAGACGACGGCGACGGCGACGCAGUCAAGCACACACGCACUACGCCAGCAACACACAAUCGCACACACAUUCGCUGCUGCUGCUGCUGCUGCUGGUGGUGGUGGUGGAAACAAGAACAAGUGCAUUGACACUUUACGGACGGCCAGAGAGCACUGGGUAGAGGGAGGAGAGACAGGCAGACAGAAAGAACAGGGCAAAAGGAGAUGGACUGACGUAAAGCAGAGGGGAAAACGGACAGAGCAGAGACGAACAGACAGACAGACGGACGGCAAGGCGACUGCAAAGGGUGAAGCACCGCCAGCGCUGCAUUUUGAUAGCAGUCCGCAAGCAGAGAGCCCAUAAAGGAAUCGACCUCCAGAGCUCCACACAGCUGAUCCACAAAGAAGAUCGUGCAGGGGAAGGAGCGGCGGACAGAAGAGAGGGCAGAAGCCCAAAAACAGAGUCAGAAAACACACAAACCAACAAAAAAUAAAAAAAUUUUAUAAGAAGAAACAGAAACAUCAACAAAAUUCGCGUUCGUUGCACCGAAUCCAAAAUUCGAAUUGCUAAAUGAGCGCUGGGAGAGGCAAAAAGCGAGAGGAUGAUAAGGAGUGGGAGGAAGGGAUCAGAAGAGCGGGGGGUAGCUGAUUAUGAUAUUGCAAAAUGAGAACAAAAAAACUCACAACUUCAACCCCAGCCUCUCGCAUAAUGAUGACGCUGGGAAUCAUCGUAAUGAUGUUUGUUGUUGCUGCUGCUGCUGUUGCGAUGUUGAUGAUAAUGACGAUGACGUUGCCAAACAACGCGCCACAAAAGCAAAAUCAAGAAUGAAAUGCCACAAAAACAGCAACAGCAGCAGAAGCAACAACAACAGCCACAUAAGAGAUCUUUAAAGACAACAAGAAGGGAGGGAAAUUCUUGACAGUCCGAAGCCUUGAUACCCUUUAAGAUCAAUUGUUCUAUGGAAGCCACACAUAUUAAUUCAUUCGAUAUGUUCCGAUCUGUACUCCAAAUGUACUUACACCAAAAUACCUUUAAGCCUAAGAAUCUGCUUGGCAUAGAAGGAGCUUCUCAUGGCUAGAGAAAUUAACUUUGAGCAAGGAUAUGUGUAUAUAGUAUAUGUGAUACUUUCUUGACGCCACAAACCUAUGUUAACAAUCGCACUACUCACUUUAAGAGUACAAAAACGAAGAACGAGCAUCCUCCUCAACGACAACGACAACGACGUUUAUAGUUCAACGCACUGUCAUGUCAGGGCAGGGUGCUGCUGAUGCUGCUGCUGGCUCCAAUGCUCUUCGACUGCUGCUGAUGCUGCUGCUGUUGCGAUCAGUAGCGUAGCCAUUGGCCAGUGCCCUGGGGUCUGGUGUCUGAAAACUCCUGCAACAGCAGAAGCAGCAGCACCAAGAGACGAAGAGGAGCAAAGAAAUCACUCACGCGCUUGCAACUCUCUGUCCCUCCCGGUCAAUGAUCGUGCGAAUGUGUGGUGUCUGUGUGUGUGUGUGUGUGUGUGUGUGUGAGAGAGACCUCCUCAUAAUGAAGACAACGACUCUUGUUGACUUUCAUUGACAAUAUGGUGACGGAUCUGAUGUUGAUCUUAUUAUGCUGAGCCAGAGAGCAGAGCAGGGCAAAGCAGACAGGAAACGGUCGCUAUCGAUGGUCCACUAAGUGAUCUGAUUAUGUUGAGAUUCGAUGGGGGGGAAUGUGAAUACUGGUAUGAGGAUAACAGGGGAUGAUCAAAUUGACCGUGCUGAUGACUUGCCAUCAUCUGCGGGGACUUAUACAUAUUUGCUCGAACGCGUAUCAGUGACGCAAAGCUGUGUCAUCAUCAAAAACCACUGAUCAGUGAUCAAUUCUAUUUAUGAUCACAAGAAACCAAACAUUCUUUCAACUCAAUUACAGUAGAUCCUCCCCCACUACUAUUUUGAUCCGUAUCGCUGGUGUUGUGACCGCUGCACACAGUCGGGCAGCUUCUGCUGGCUCUGGUCGAUCAUUGAUCUUACCUACUUGGCGCUGUUAAUUUGUAUUAUUAAUUCAAUCAAUCACAGGCCCUGCCUGCCCUAACGAUCGAUCACCCAUCCCCAUGCCGUCCAACGAUCCAAUGAUCCAACGAUCGAUUGGACGACUGCCUGCGAGCAUUGAUCUCAUCUCCCGCUUGUAUCUGUAUCUUGUCUCUGUCAUGCCGCCGUCGUCUUGUCUCUGCCCCUUCGACAGACUACUGUAUCUACGGGCACUGUACUGUGGUUUGGCAUCCCACAAAUGUGGCGGCGUUCUAGUUUUCCUCUGUCUAUUCGCAUUUUUGUCUUCGCCUUCGUCUUCGGCCUGCCCUGCCUGACGUUUGCCUCUUGGCUAAUUUAAUUGUUUGUUUUUUCAUUAAGGCUCCUACAGCCAGAUAGAUAGAUGGAUAGAUAGAUGGGCGUAUGGAGAGCGAGAGACUGGGAUAGUGGGAUGGUGGGAUGAGGGGUAUUUCUGAAGGCUUUUUUAGUUCAUUGAAACAUUUAUAGCACAAACGCGCGCUCGCCACUGGGCUGGCAUUUAAUUCGCUAAUUGCUAAUGCGCUCGCUCGCCGCUUAUCAAAUUGGAGCAUCGAAAACCUAUUUUGCUUCUUUUAUUUCGUUAGUUUUUUUCGUAUUUUUUUUGUUUUGGGCGUCUGCCUUUUUUGUUGCUUCUGCUGCGGCUGUGGCUGCCGUUGUUUUGCUGUUUAAUUUAGCCGCACAUUUUAGUACAAAUAUUUGAUAAGAUCCCGAACUCGAGUGGCUUGGUUCGGCAUUACUCAUACGCACCGCUGGCCCGGGACCUGUUUUCGCUUCCGGCUGUUGAACGGUUUUCAUGCUCGUAUUCUGAGCUUUUGGCCGCUUUUCAUAUUUAAUUAUCGUUUUUAUCUUUUUCCUCUUUUUUGCUGCUGCUGUUGGUGGUAAACUGAUGACGUUUCUUGCAUGCUCAAUUCGCAUUUCAAUUUCGAUUUUGAUUCAGAAAUACGAAAUAAGUAAAUGCGGUUUUUGGAACAGGUUCAAGAUACGUUUAAUGAUCUGGUAAUUUCGCUGAAAUCCAUAUAAAUACUGAUGUUUCUCAGUGGAUUGCUGAUGACGAUAAUCUGCGUUAAUUUGCAGCUUAAUUGAAACGUUUAUUGCCUGUUUUCUUUAGAUGUCUGAUGAAUCUCCCUGCCUUGUCGCUGGCAAUUUAUCUAAAUUUCUAUCCAUUAAGCGGGCUUUGCUUUUGACCUGAAACCUCAAGCUGUCUUUGAUCUAACCACUCAAUCAGUAAAUCCACCCACUGUCUGUGACUUGCCCCACAAAAUUCUGCAAAUUUCCACACCACGCUCACCAUAGCGCCAGAAGGCAACUGGAUUUUCCGUUUUUCCGUUUUUCCGUUUUUCGUUUGUAUCUAAUUAGGUAGUCAAAAUACAAGGGGAGAACGCUUCUCGACUCCCUGUAAUAUAAACUGUGUCACUAAACAGAAAUCUCUGACAGAACAGAGCCAGAGUCGUGGAGGCAGGAGGCAGGAGGCAGUAACGGAGGCAACAGCAAACUCAACUUUGCCCAGAGAAUUGUGUCAAAUAGAUAAAAAAGAAAAACGAUGCCAGCAGCAACAACAACGACAGCGACAGCGACUGCGACGACAACGAUGAUGGUGAUGAUGAUGAUGAUGGUGAUGGUGAUGAUGAUCAUGAUGAUGGUUAUGGGGCAGACAGCCACUCCUUUCAGCAGUUGAGGCAGCAGCAGAGGCAGUUAUAAUUAUAACCUCAAUUCCCGCUUUGCUUUUGGAACUGUGCUGCUGCUGCGUGUUUAAUAAGAGAAAACUGGCCCCGAAAAUUGUAGAGCAUUUGAAUAAUUUUACAAGAAUGCAAUCAAAAAUAAAAAUAAAAAAAAAUCAAGAAGAAAAGAGGCCUCCAAAGAAGUGAAAGACUACGAAAGAGAUUGUCCAAAAAAAGUAGGCGGUGGCUUUUGUUGAUUUAAAUGGCACCCAAAAAGUCAGUCAUGGAAGAAAACAGAUAGGCAGGCGGAGAGACGGACAGACAGACAGACAAACAGACAGACGAGCGGACACAUAAGCGGAAAGAUAGACAGCUGGACAGCUGGACAGCUGGGCAGCGGGACAGAUGAACAGAGAGACAGCCGGACAGAGAGAGACAACUAUUCAAAUUGAGGUCAUUCAUCUCGCUUCGUUGAGCCCGCUUAAGUGAAUUAUGUAUACGUAGAUACAUUUGAGUCUGGGAGAAGGGGGACGACUCCACAUAGGAGGGGGGAGCACUGAGUAGUGACGGGGAGGGGCAAGCGUAGAGCAGUGGGCAGAAGGUGGGACAGAAGCUUAGAUGAGCAUGUGAAUGGAUGGGAGGGAGGCAAUGUACUCAGAAAAUAGAGAGAAAAUAAAACUAUUUUCUAUUUCUAGCGCUUUUUACCCCUCUUAACACUCCAGCAAUGGCGUGGGGUGGGGUGGCAUGCGGUUGGGUCGCUACCCAUUUACACUUCGGGCUUUGGGCUACGGGCUUUGGGCUUUUGGGGAAAGCCUUUCUCCCAGCCGCACAGAGAACAUGCUAAUUGCUCGCAAUUAGCCAUAGAAUAGAACUUCCAUCUAUCCAUCUAUCCAUCUACCUCCAUCGAUCCCCCUCCAGCAAAGCAAAGCAUAGCAAAAUUCUGAUUGAUUGACUCGAGAUCGACGCCCUCUUCUUGAGAUUUGCAUAAAUAUUUGUGCUUAUCUCUAUAUCUCUCACAAUUCUCUGCACAAUUUGAAUUGGGAAUUUGGAUAUUAAUGCCUUCUUCUCUUCUCCUCUUUUGGUUUGCUUUGCUUUGCUCUGCUUUGCUUUUGGUUCGUUUUGGAUCCAUUUGAUUUUCUUAUGGGAGUAGGUCAGUACGAAAUUUGCAUACUAUGCGACGAGUGUUUGCCUUUGAUUUCUCACCCGAUUUUUUAUUCAUAUUCUGAUUCUGAUUCUGACUGUUUGCCCUGCCCCAAAUAUGUACGCGAACACGUGCUCCGCUUGCCUCUUUGGUCCGGACUGUGGGUCAUUUGUUGGGGGAUUUCUUUGGACUGCGAUUGGAAUGCGGGUAUGCGGCCCUCCCUUAUGAACUGGGUUCUCUCUCUCUCUCUCUCUUUAUAUAGUCGUAUAUCUAUCGCUGCAGAAUAUUAUAAAACAAACAUAAACUGAAGUCGAAAGAUUAUCGCAAGGGAAUGUCGGAUACGAGAAUGGCUAGGACCAUUAGAAUUGGGGUCAAUUGCAGUGUCCACAAGUGGCAACAAAGAGACAAUUACAUAACACCUUAACAUAUAAAAUGUCGUAAGUUCUCCACACAUCCAAUCAGUGCGGAUCCAUCCGCAUUAAAGACAGCAUGAAGUCGGGUAAGCAUCGACAGGAUGGGCAUCAGUCGAACUCUUUACAAGGAAUAUCCUUUGCAGUUCGAGUAAACUUGGGACUCCUGCUCCUGUUCAUUUGCACGGUACAGGGCCAGGCCCAAAAACAGGACUAUCCUCCUUGCGAUUCGGAUUCUUUUUGCAUUUGCAGGGACCAUCAGGUGGGCGAUCUGCUGCCCGACUGCGAUGAUUGCUCAGGGUACAUCUACUGCGGACUGGACGUCAUACAGAAGAUGAAAUGCAGCCAGGGGGAGAUCUUCGUCAGCAGUCUCAGUGCCUGUGUGCCUGGAACGUGUCCUCGCAGAGAUUGUACAAAUAGAACGAAUCCAAUGCACCCAGCAAAGCCCACUAAAUGUUCCAACAAGGAUGGGGUCAAUUUGGAUAUAUUUUGCAUUUGCAGGGACCAUCAGGUGGGCGAUCUGCUGCCCGACUGCGAUGACUGUUCAGGGUACAUCUACUGCGGACUGGACGUCGUACAGAAGAUGAAAUGCAGCCAGGGGGAGAUCUUCGACAGCAGUCUCAGUGCCUGUGUGCCUGGAACGUGUCCUCGCAGCGAUUGUACAAAUACAGAAAAUCCAGGAGACCCAGUUACACCAGCUGGCUGCACCAAUAAGGAGGUGAACUGCAGCUUCCAUGGCCAGAUCCUGCCCCAUGGCCAGCACUGCCGCUUAUUCUGGACCUGCGUGGAGGGCUGCCCCAUGCUGGGUUUCUGCGAGCUGGGGAUGUGGUUCGACCGGGAAAAAUUCGUGUGUGAUUACCCAUCUAAUGUCAGGAACUGUCCGAUCAAUCAGGAUUAGGUUGAUCCACUGUAAAUCCCAUCUACAAUCCAAUCUAAUCCAGUCAAAUUCAAUAAAUAUGUGUCACGGCAAAUCGAAACUGAACAAUUCUCAUUUCAACGGUCAUUAGACUGCAAUUGUCCUAAUGCACUGGCAACAUUCAACAGCCAACAAGCAGCCGCAGCAAACAGCAUUGCGAUAAUUUACGCAAAUUGCAUGACACAAUUUUGUUGGUUGUUAGUUUUAGUUUUAGUUGUUGCUGGUUUUCGCCCCAGGCGGGUGGGCGGUGGCUGCGUGUGACUUGUUGUUGCUGCCGCUGCCGCUGCCGCCGGCAUAAAGCAACAAAUUUAGCACGCAACUAACAAUUUUAGCUGUUCCAGAUACUCCGACUCACACACAUACACAUACACACACAGGCACACCCAGGUGCAUAUGGAACACAAAAAAAUAAACAAAAGAAGCGGCCAGAGCUAUUUAGUCUGCGACACAACGAAACCCCAAUACCCUUUUUGAUUUGAACUAAUGGAAAUUCCGGGAAAUAUCUCUAAAAAUGUAGACUUCAAAUACAACGAGGAUCCCACCUGUUAAAAGAACUUCUAAAAACUUUAUCGGGAAUAUCUAUGCAUAAGGAGAAUCACCAUUGGAGAUUUUAUACAUUUUAAGAGGUGCUGAUCAGAUAAAAUGGUAUUUCUCUCAUAUUCUCUCUUUUGUUAGGGUAUCCACGAAAGACUCCUCAACUCUGUAAUUCUUUUCCUUGUUUUUUGUUUUUCGUCGAACGGCGAGCGGCAAACAAACAACAAACUUUCACCCGGCAGUAAGCCGCAGCAUUUUGGACAAUUUCGUAACUGGGUAAACACACACACUCUUCAGUUCUCACACACACACACACUCACGCUGAUACUCCCAUGCAGUCAUGCAAAUGUAGAGUGCAUAAAGUGCAGGCAGCGACGACAGGUGAACGAACGACCUCAAACGAGGUCAGGCAGCAGCAACAGCAGAAGCGGCAACAGCAGAAGCACGGGGUCGGGGACAGGGCAGGGCAGGGCCAUUC